AUGGAGGAAGAAUCUACUUUUUCGCGCAAUAAGCCACCGCUACCGGACUGGUGGAAGGCCCCAGAUCCCGAAAAGUUCCCCCCUAAAAAGGCCUUUCUAUUUCGCGCACUCUGCGUGAUCUCGCUAGCAAGAUCCUCUGUUGACCAGUACUGGCAGUCUAUCACGGACGAUGACAAAUGGGAGAAACACCAGAGGAAGAUCGUCAAUAGACUGUGUAACAUUAACAUAGUGGCUGGCUUGGUAGUGCUCUCGGCGGUCAAGAUAUGA